GUUCGCGGGUAAUGUGUCCCUUUUAGUGAUAGUAUAAUUAUAAGAAUUUAUAAGAAUACUACAACUACAACAUGGGAAAAUGGUGGUCAAAACUCUUGGGUCGCGACCAACGUGAGGCGAUCAAGGGACCAGUUCCCAGGCUCCGUAAUAUCGUCGUGAACAACUUUAGAGGAAUACUAGGUGUAAUAGUGCCAAUUGCAGUGCUGUCAUGGCAACCAAAGAAGGAUGUGCACAAUAUCACGGUGCAAUGCAUGUGGAUGUGGAUGUUCUGGUUCUUCUUGAUACAGCCGAUAGCCGUGCCGUGCACCGCUAUGAUCCCCAUCUUCAUACUGCCCAUGUGCGGAGUGAUGUCUACCAUGGAUACGGCCAAAUGCUAUUUCAAUGAAGGUGUAGCUUUAUUUAUGCUGGCCUCAAUGCUUGUGUUGCUAUGGAACAAUUCGGGUUUUGAUCGCCGCAUAGCUCUGUGUUUCUUGACUUCCGGAGACGCUUGUCAGUUUUCUGGUAAAAGACUGGUGUUCAAGUGUAGUAUGGCGGCAUAUAUCCUUUCGAUGUUCUCCAAUCGCCUGAUCGUUUCUUCUACGUUGACUCAAUAUAUCACACCAAUAUUUUUGAACUUGCAGUCGUCAUACGGAAAAUCUGGUGCUGAACCAAACUUUGACGAGAUGCGGUGUAUUAUAAACAACGCCAUUCAAACUUCGUCAUCGAUUGGAAGUAUUGCAAUCUUACAUUCAGCGUACGCAACACUUGUAUUCAAAGCUGUGUGGUGCGAUGCUUCACCUGAAGCUGGAAAGGAGUACCCGGACGUUUUCAACUAUUUGCAGUACUCUGCCUACGCAUUCCCUGUUUCUGUUGUAAUGUUUAUGUUCAACGUCUGCUAUCACAUGUUACUCGUCAACAUUUUUGUCCGAAAACCCAUGUCUGCUGGAACUAUGAAUGAAGUACGCACAAAUAUAAUGAAGCUGAAGGAUAGUGUUCCAAAAAGGGUGACUUUACAUGAAAAGCUGACCGUGUUCUUCUCUCUAUUCUCAUUGUUAAUCCUUUUCGUGCGAUGGAAUAAAUACCAAGAUCCAGGAUGGGCUCAAUACAAUCUGCAAGCUGGUGCUGAAAAAGUACCUUUUGUCAAAGAUGCAUGUGUAGCUGCUAUAUUUGUUGUGGCCUUGCACAUUUUGCCAAAAAGCUUUAAUUUUUGGCAGUUCGUUAGUGUGGAUAAAAAAAGCGAAUUGAAAGAUCUGAAACCUGAAUCUGCGAUUCUUUGGUGGAGAUUUGUUGACAAGAACAUUAACUAUGGAUACUUUUUCAUAUGCGGAGCGGCUAUAGCCAUAAAUAAGUCGGCCAGGGACAGCGGCCUUGGUAAAAUUUUGGCAGAAAACUUUGGCAAAGAUUUUACGUCACCAAGCUGGUGUGUGGGACUGUUUUUAGUUUGCCUUAUUACUUGUAUAUUGGCAAACUUUAUGACUGGAUGCGCUGCUCUUGUGUGCAUUUUACCAUUUGUAAUUAAUAUGAGCGUGAGUCCAGCACCAGUCCCAUGGCAGGGCAAACUAUAUUUAGCGGCAUUGGGUGUAGGAGUGGGCUCGUCACUAGGCUUUAUGUUGCCUUUUCUGUAUACACCUGCGUAUUUUUGUCACUAUACAGGAAAAGUACCAGUUUUAAAAAUGAUAAAAUAUUCAUUUUUAAGUGUCUGGGGGUGUUGUGGAAUAUUGUGGUUUUCCCUGUGUUAUUGGGCUCCAUACCUGUGGGAUCCAAAUGACAAUGGCAUAUUGCCAGUCGCCGCACCAGCCUCCGGAACCACCACGACGACCACCGAAGAUGCGGGAACUUAA